GAAAUAGGGUUUGGGGGAUAGAUUGAUUUUUGUUCGAAAAAGUUGUUUUGACAUCCAAAUCAUUCGGGUAGUGCCAACCCCCGUAUAGAACCCAAGCCAGCAGCCAUGCUCCGUCGCCUCCUACUCCGCCAAGCUCGUCGGCGCCAUUGCUCCUCCUCAUUCUCCUCCGCCUUGCCCCUCUCUUCGCCGACCUUUGCCGUCUUCGGCGCCAACACCGGCGUCGGCAAGACCCUCGUCUCCGCGGGCCUCGCUGCCUCCCUCCUCCGUUCCCACGCCGCCUCCCCCUCCGCCGUCCUCUACCUCAAACCGCUCCAGACCGGCUUCCCCGCCGAUUCCGACGCGGGGUUCCUCUACCGCAGGGUCCCCGCGCUUGUCCGCCCCUCCCACGCCGCGCACCUCGUCGCCUCCAUCGACACCCUCUCCCCUGCCCCGUCAGUGGAAACCCCAUCCUCUUCCCGCGAGGAGGCGGCCUUCUCCUACGAUGGGGAGGGUAAGGCGGUGAGGAAGCUUCUGGCUUGCAGGACGCUGUACGCAUGGCGGGAGGCGGUGUCGCCGCACCUUGCGGCGGAGAGGGAGGGGAUGACGGUAGAAGACGCGCAUGUGAGGUCGCUCCUGGCGGCGUGCCUCUCCGAGGGGGAAAAUUUGGGGAAGGGGGAGGGGGAUGUGUGGAAGCUGGUCGAGACCGCCGGCGGCGUGGCCAGCCCGGGCCCGUCUGGCACGCUGCAGUGCGAUCUCUACCGGCACUUUAGGUUGCCUACUAUUCUUGUUGGAGAUGGCCGUCUUGGUGGUAUUUCAGGCACUUUAUCGGCAUAUGAAACUCUGUUGCUCAGGGGGUAUGAUGUUAGCGCAGUAAUUUUGGAAGAUUGUGGUUUGUCAAACGACAAGUUCUUGCUUUCUUACUUGAGAAAUAGGGUACCAGUGCUUGUUUUGCCACCUAUUCCAGAAGAUCCAUCAGAUGACCUAACUGAUUGGUUUUCCGAAUCAUCUUCAGUUUUUGGUUUGCUUGAAGAUGCCCUGCGAUCUUUUCAUUUGAAAAGAAUUCAGAGGUUAAACAGUAUGCAAAGAAAAUCAAAGGAUUUACUGUGGUGGCCCUUCACUCAGCACAAUCUUGUACCUGUAGAUUGUGUUACAGUAAUUGAUUCGCGUUGUGGUGAGAGUUUUUCAGCAUACAAGGUGAAAGACAACAAGAUGAUGAUGAUCCCUCAGUUUGAUGCAUGUGCAAGUUGGUGGACUCAAGGACCUGAUUCUAAGUUGCAGAUUGAACUUGCAAGAGAUAUGGGCUACGCUGCUGCUAGGUAUGGCCAUGUGAUGUUUCCAGAGAAUGCUCAUGAGCCUGCUCUUCGUUGUGCUGAACUUUUGCUUGGGGGAAUUGGUAAAGAUUGGGCUUCCAGAGUUUAUUAUUCGGACAAUGGAUCAACGGCAAUUGAAAUAGCUCUAAAGAUGGCAUUUCGCAAGUUUUCACUUGAUCGUGGAAUUCUACUCGAUAGUGACAAGAGUAUCACCAACGAAAGAAAUAUUCAGUUAAAGGUCCUUGCUCUAAAAGGUUCAUAUCAUGGUGAUACCCUGGGUGCUAUGGAAGCUCAAGCUCCAUCAGCCUAUACAUCGUUCCUUCAGCAGCCAUGGUAUUCUGGGCGGGGACUUUUUCUAGAUCCUCCAACAGUGUUCAUAAGAAAUGGGACAUGCGCACUUUCUUUGCCCCAGUCGAUACAGAACUGUCAUCUGAGUCCUGGUGAUAAAUGUUUUCCUUCAUUAGCUGAUGUCUUUUGCAAGAGUAGGGACUCAUCAGCUGCAGCUGAUUUAUACUCAACCUACAUAUCCCAACAACUUUCAGAAUAUUCCGUGUCAAGUAACAUAGAGCAUAUUGCAGCACUUAUUAUAGAACCAGUGAUACAAGGUGCUGGGGGAAUGCACAUGAUAGAUCCACUUUUCCAGCGAGUACUUGUCCAUGAGUGUAGAGACCGAAAAAUACCUGUCAUAUUCGAUGAGGUCUUUACAGGGUUCUGGCGUCUUGGUGUGGAGUCUGCUUCAGAGUUGCUCGGCUGCUUACCUGAUGUUGCAUGCUAUGCUAAAUUGAUGACUGGUGGGAUAGUACCAUUAGCUGCAACGGUAACAACAGAAGCAGUUUUUGAGGCCUUCAAAAGUGACUCUAAGCUUACAGCGCUUUUACAUGGCCAUUCCUACACUGCUCAUGCCAUGGGCUGUUCUGCGGCAGUAAAAGCUAUCCAAUGGUUUAGAGAUCCGUCCACAAAUUCAAAUCUCGAUUUUGAUCGUAUGAAGCUCAAGGAGCUAUGGGAUGGCACACUUGUGAACCAGUUAUCGUCACUACCAAAUGUAAAGAGAGUAGUCUCCUUGGGAACUCUGUGUGCAAUUGAGCUGCAGGCCGAGGGAUCUGAUGCCGGGUAUGCGUCGUUGUAUGCGAGAUCCCUGAUCCAGCAACUUCGAGAAGAGGAUGAUAUCUAUGUGAGGCCCCUGGGCAACGUGAUAUACCUAAUGUGUGGUCCUUGCACGACCAGAGAUGUCUGCACGGAACAACUCUCCAAAGUGUACCAUAGAAUCAGCCACUUCAAUCCAAUUCACUGAGGAUAGUUAUGAGCAGAAAGUCAGAAAAUCUAUGCUAGCUUUAGUUUCCGGCCAGCAGACAAUGUGCCCCGCCUCUAAGGUGAAAGCUUAUGGAGCUUUUUGAAUAUGUAGUUCAGGCUGGAUGUAAGUUCAGUUACAAUGUUCUCCUAUGAUUACGUGGAAGUGGGAUGACAUUACAAAGAGAAAUAGGUCUACUCUGCAUUUCCCACUUCCACGUAAUCAUAGUAAUAUUACCCAGUAUAGGCCUAUUUCUCUUUGUAGUGUCAUAUAUAAGAUUUGUUCCAAAGUUUUGGCUAAUCAUCUCCGCGAGAUUUUAGAUGAAAUAUUUGCAGAAGAGCAAAGUGCCUUCGUGCCGGGGAGGCUCAUAACUGAUAAUUUUUUGACGGCUUACAAAUGCAUCGAUGCCAUGAAAAGAAAGAAGGGGAAGCAAGGUUGGUGUGCAAUCAAGAUUGAUAUGAUGAAAGAAUACGACCGCGUUGAGUGGGAGUAUUUGCAGGCAAUGAUGCGCUGCCUGGGCUUCUCUGAAGAUUGGUUAUCUCUUGUGAUGAAGUGUGUCAGCUCAGUUAGCUUCCAAGUGAAGGUUAAUGGUGAAUUGUUACCCUCUUUUCGUCCUUCAAGAGGGACCAGGCAAGGGGAUCCCAUAUCUCCCUACUUGUUUCUACUCUUAUGGAGAAGGAUUAUCAUGUAUGCUUAAGAAUUAUGGAGGCUAGGUGGAGAGAGGAAUUAAAGCGGGGCUUUGAUCUCCAUGGGUGUCACAUCUUUUGUUUGCAGAUGACUGUCUGGUGUUCAUGAAGGCAGAUGGGUGAAGUGCAAACCGCUUGAAUGAUAUUCUCAAUGCCUAUAGCAUUGGCUCAGGUCAGAGUGCAACAAACAAACAAAAAACUCGAUUUUCUUCAUCCCGAAUUGUUGAGCAUCUAUUAGAAGGUUGUUCGAAACUGUUUGCAAAUUUA